CUUUCUUUCGUUUUCGCCUUCCCAGCAUCUUCGGCCGUUCCCCACUUUUUAAGUCUCUUUUCCUUUGACGCGGCGCUAUCGCCUCUUCUUUUUAUACUCCUACUUCCCUUUCCCUACCCUUCCCUCCAUCUUUUCAUCCUCCAUUCCGCAUCUCGAUAUCAUAUCAGUUGGGAUACUUCAUUGCACCCCGACUUGAGAAGCGGCAUCCAUCAUGUCUGCAAAGCCAGCAGAUGCUUCACGCCCUAGGGCUGGGGACUCCAAGAAGGUCCAUAUCGCCGACACUGCCCUCACCCGCCAGAACUGGCACAAGCAUGUCAACUGGUUGAACGUCUUCCUCAUCAUCGGCAUCCCCUUGUAUGGCUGCAUUCAGGCUUUCUGGACGCCUCUUCAGCUCAAGACCGCCCUCUGGGCCGUCUUCUACUACUACUGCACUGGUUUGGGAAUCACAGCCGGUUACCAUCGUCUUUGGGCUCACUGCUCGUACUCUGCCGGUCUGCCCCUCCGCAUCUGGCUCGCUGCCGUCGGUGGUGGUGCUGUUGAAGGUUCCAUCCGCUGGUGGGCUCGUGACCACCGCGCUCACCACAGAUACACCGACACGGACAAGGACCCUUACUCCGUUCGUAAGGGCUUGCUCUACUCUCACUUCGGUUGGAUGGUCAUGAAGCAGAACCCCAAGCGUAUCGGCCGUACCGACAUUUCCGAUCUCAACGAAGACCCCGUCGUUGUGUGGCAACACAGAAACUACCUCAAGGUUGUUUUCUUCAUGGGUCUCGGUCUCCCCAUGUUGGUUGCAGGUCUCGGUUGGGGUGACUGGUGGGGUGGAUUCGUUUACGCCGGUAUCCUGCGUAUCUUCUUCGUCCAGCAAGCUACCUUCUGUGUCAACUCCUUGGCCCACUGGCUCGGUGACCAGCCUUUCGACGACCGCAACUCCCCCCGUGACCACGUCAUCACUGCCCUGGCUACCCUCGGUGAGGGGUACCACAACUUCCACCACGAGUUCCCCUCCGACUACCGCAAUGCCAUUGAGUGGCACCAGUACGACCCGACCAAGUGGUCCAUCUGGACAUGGAAGCAGCUUGGAUUGGCCUACGACCUCAAGCAGUUCCGUGCCAACGAAAUCGAGAAGGGCCGUGUUCAGCAGCUCCAGAAGAAGAUCGACCAGAAGCGCGCCAAGCUUGACUGGGGUGUUCCCUUGGACCAGCUGCCCGUUUUGGAAUGGGAUGACUACGUCGAGCAGGCCAAGAACGGCCGCGGACUCGUCGCCAUUGCCGGUGUCGUUCACGAUGUUACCGAUUUCAUCAAGGACCACCCUGGUGGCAAGGCCAUGAUCAACUCGGGUAUCGGCAAGGAUGCCACCGCCAUGUUCAACGGUGGUGUCUACUACCACUCCAACGCCGCCCACAACCUGCUGUCAACCAUGCGUGUGGGUGUCAUCCGUGGUGGCUGUGAAGUUGAGAUCUGGAAGCGCGCUCAGAAGGAGAGCAGCGAAUACGUCCGUGAUGCAACUGGCCAGCGCGUCAUCCGCGCCGGUGAGCAAGUCACCAAGAUCCCCGAACCCAUCCCUACUGCGGGUGCGGCAUGAGCUACAUCUUCUCAUCUGCCUUGUGACAUUUUCUCUUCUCAGUAAUGUAUUUCUGUCUUUAUGAAGAUUUGCCUGUCUUCCUUUU